AUGGUGGGCUCCCAACCUCUCGUUACACCGCCGACGCUCCAACGCCUAAACACCCCGUCAAUUGCCCGCCCAGAGCUGCGCCGCCGCUCGUCAAUUCCACCACCACGCGCCCCGACGACACGCCCGCCAAUUCUCACGAUGCUGGCCGGCGCACUCUGCCGCUUGGCAGCCGACGCCCCCAGGGCCUCCCCACACGACAUGCCGCAGCUCGCCCGCAUCCUCGGCCGCGCCCUCCUCGCCCGCAAUGCCGCCCAGCUCCCGCAUGCGCGCGCCCUCUCACGCGCCUUUGCCUCUGCCCUCCAGAACCGCCGGUCGUAUGCUACAACUACGCGCGCCACCAAGCCCACGGCGACGGUGAAGAAGGCGGUCAAAACAGCCGCCGCUAAGAAGCCUGCGCCCAAAAAGACGGCCACAACAGCAAAGAAGGCGGCUCCCAAGAAGAAGCCCGCAGCAAAGAAGGCGGCGCCCAAGAAGAAGGCAAAGAAGCCUGCCGCGAAGAAGCCCGCGCCCAAGAAGCGCGUCAAGAAGGUCUUGACGCCCGAAGAACAACAAAAGGUCAAGCUCCGAGAGCUACGCGCCAAGGCUCUCAAGGAACCCGUGAGCCGCAGGUCAUUGUCUGCUCUCCAUGUCUUCUUAGCUGAAAAGCUGGCUGGUGUUCCGGGCCAAAAGACUGGGCAACUUCCGGCUGCUACGGCCGAGUUCCAGAAGUUGACCCCCGCUGAGCUUGAGCACUACAACCACCUCGCAAGCGAGAGGACUGUCGCUAGAAGAGCCGAGUACGACGCAUGGCUCAAGGCCUACACUCCCGACCAGAUCCGCAUUGCGAACAACGCACGUGCCCAGUUACGGAGGAUCUAUACGAGUGAAAAGAAGAAGGCUCCUGCUCAUACUGCCAAGCUUGUCGAUGAGCGUCAUGUGAACAAAGUGAUACCCGCCUAUGCCGCCUUUGUCAAAGAAAGGUUUGCCUCCGGAGACUUCAAGAACAUUUCCCCUCUCGAGGCGAUGAAACUCAUCUCCCAGGAGUGGAAGUCUUUGGGCGCUGCUGAGAAGAAGAAAUACACAGACGCCUACACUGCUCAGAAGAACGCUGCGGCAUCCGCAUAA